UUCGGUAUUUAUGGGCCGUCUUGACUUUUCAUACGGGAGGUGAAAUAAAAGAACACAGUCAUGAGUGUGUCAGUUUUCUGAGCAAGGAUAGAUUCCCAAUGCCAAUGGGUGACAGCAGGUGCAGUAACGGUGUCCAGCAGAAAGCAAAGAUGUUGUCGGAUGCUCAGCUCUUUGAUGGGGAAUUUGAAAAGCUGGUGUCUGAACUAACAGAGCAGGACUUCACGGAUCCAGUUCUCACUGAUGCCCUCAGUAGACUCAGAGAGGUGCUUCAGUACAAUGCCCCUGGAGGCAAGAGAAACCGAGGCUUGUCUGUGAUUGGUUCUUUACGGGAGUUAGUUUCUCCCUCUGAACUGCCACCUGAGGAAGCUCACAGAGCCCUUUUGGUUGGAUGGUGCAUUGAACUGCUUCAGGCCUUUUUCUUGGUGGCUGAUGACAUCAUGGAUGCGUCCAUGACAAGAAGGGGUCAACCCUGUUGGUAUAAGAAGGAAGGAAUUGGUCUGGAUGCCAUUAAUGACGCUUUUCUCCUGGAGGGGGCGAUCUAUCGCCUUCUUCGCAGACAUUGCAGAGGGCAGGGCUACUAUGUCCAUCUGCUUGAGCUUUUUACUGAGACCUCUUUCCAGACAGAGCUGGGUCAAACUCUAGAUCUGAUGACUGCACCUCCACAUAAAAUUGACCUUGAUCGCUUCACCAUGGAGAGGUAUAAAGCCAUUGUAAAAUACAAGACUGCAUUCUACUCGUUUUAUCUCCCGGUGGCUGCAGCCAUGUACAUGGCAGGGAUUGAGAAUGAGACUGAACACAACAAUGCUAAAACAAUUUUACUUGAGAUGGGAGAGUUCUUUCAGAUACAGGAUGACUACCUGGAUUGCUAUGGGGAUCCUGCAGUGACUGGAAAGAUCGGCACAGAUAUACAGGACAACAAAUGCAGCUGGCUGGUGGUGACCGCACUGGGCAUUAUGACACCUGAACAAAGGGCAGAACUAGAGUCAUGUUAUGGGCGUAGUGAUGCUGAAAGCGUUGAAAGGGUCAAGGCUUUGUAUGAUACUCUGGAAAUGCCUAUCCGAUACCAUCAACAUGAGGAGGAGAGCUAUCACCGCCUUCAAAAACUCAUCCAGUUUCAUGCCAAAAAUCUGCCUCAUGCUGUUUUUCUUAAUUUUGCAAAGAAAAUUUAUAGGAGGAACAAAUGAGGUGUGGUUCAGGGAACUGGGGGGACUUGGCAAAUGGAGUUUAGUAUUCUAGGUACAAAGACUUCAGGCUCAAAUAAAGAUGCAGUGUGGGAUUUUAGUUGUAUAUGAAAAUUGUAGAUUUUAACUGCACUUUAAACAUACUGUCAAGAAUUUAGCAUUGCAUUAAAAAAAAAGAUAAUUAUGUCGCAUCAUUAUUUGUUUUUCCCCUUUUAUUGAAGCAAAAAUGCAAUUUGCUGAUUCAGAGGACAGGAAUUAUACAACAGAUAGUAUAAAUUUAAAUCUGUUUAAAUUGAGGUACAUAUGUAUAAACCAUAUAUUUUCAUCAGCUUUUGCAUUGUAUUUUCAAUAUUUUUGGAAGAAUUGGGGAGAGUGAAGAAGUAAUGAAAAAAAAGAUUUAUAGACAAAAAUAAGUAAAUAGUUAAAUUAAUUUUUUUAAAUAUGAGAACCAACCAGUGGACACUGGACAGAUGCAUAUAUUCCUUUAAUAUUUAAAUAUUAUUUAAUAAGAAGAAAAUACCCUAGAGAAAAUAUCUUCCCAAGCAGAACACAAUGGCACGUCAGGGCAGUUUCAUUCAGAAUCCUAGCUUUUUGUUUGUUUGUUUUUGUGAAACCGGUCACAAUACCAGUUGUACUGUACAUUUAUAGACUAUCAGAAUGUCUGUUUUAAGUGUCCGGUCAGGUGAUCAUCAAUACCCAAUAUUGCUGUAAAUGUAGAAUACAAAACGACAUAAAUGUGCAAAUAAACAAAUCUGAUCAACUCUU